UAGCACGAGAGAAGAAAAAGAAACAAACAGACCCAUCAUUUUCUGAUUGAAAAAUCAUGGCUUCCAAGCACAUUUUAACGUGGUUUCUUCUGUUUUCUUCAUGGGUGUUUGUGGGUUACUCUCAACCGUCAUGCAUACAGAAACUCCUUCCAUGUCAGCAAUUCUUGAAGCCACCUGCCUCCACCCCGACGGCGGCGUGCUGUUUGCCGUUGAAGGAGAUGGUCUCCGGUGAUCCCAAGUGCCUCUGCGACGUAUUCGACAAUCCCGACCUCCUGAAGUCGCUCAACGUUACCCAGGAUGAUGCCAUGAAGCUUGCAAAGGCCUGCGCUGUCAAUGCCGACAUAUCAGUUUGCAAAACAGCGUCCCCGCCAACCAGUUCAGGAACUGCCCCUCCUCCUACGAACAGUUCUUCCUCAAAUAAUACAAGCAAUUCAACACCAAAAGGUGCAGCCUAUGGGUUCUCUCACUUUGGUGUAUCUGGUUUUGCAGCUUUCAUUGUGGCUCUUUUUAUUUCAGCAUUCCAGGCCUGAUAGAAACUGCUUCAGUGUUCAAGUUUGUUUGUUCUUCCAAUAAAAAUACUUUCAGCUCUUUUUCUUGAUGCAUUUUUAGAAUGUAAUUUUUGUAUUUUGUUUAAAAAAGACAUAAGAUCAAAGAAAACAUUGUUUCAUGUUUUCAAGUGUA